AUGGAAUUAGUUAAAGAAGCUAAAUUUCAUCUUGAUCGUAUUAAUAAAUUAAAUAAAUAUCUGAAUGUUUUUAUCAAUUUGGCAGAUAAGGACUCAAUUCUUAAAAAAAUAGAUGAUUCGUUUAAACGUAAUCUUCUUUCACCAUUAGAUGGCAAAAUAAUUGCUAUCAAAGACAAUAUUUGCACAAAAGAUAUGCCAACAACAUGCUCCUCAUAUAUAUUAAAAUAUUAUAUUUCUCCAUAUGAGGCAACAAUUGUAACAAGAUUAAAAAAUGCAGGAGCAAUUAUUCCUGGAAAAACAAAUAUGGAUGAAUUUGCAAUUGGAUCUACUACUACUAAUACUAUUUUUGGUCCAACAUUAAAUCCAAUCAAUUUAAAAAAUUCAUUCUCAGCAGGCGGAAGUUCUGGGGGAAGUGCAGCAGCAGUAUCAGCUGAAAUGUGUUAUGCCGCUAUAGGAACUGAUACAGGAGGUUCUGUUAGACUUCCUGCUUCAUACUGCAAUUGCGUUGGAUUUAAACCAUCUUAUGGCCUUAUAUCAAGAUGGGGUGUAAUAGCUUAUUCAAAUUCCUUAGAUACUGUUGGUAUUAUUAGUAAAACUGUACAAAGAGUGAGAGAAACAUUCAAUAUUUUAAAUGUUUAUGAUCCAAAAGAUCCUACAAGCUUAUCUAAUAAAGAAAGGUCAAAACUAAAAAAAUUUAGAAAUAAAAAACUAACUAUUGGAAUACCACUGGAUUUUAAUAUCAAUCUAAUUUCUCUUUCUGCAAAACGAAUAUGGAAAGAGGCUAUUGAAUAUUUAAAAUUUAAAGGGUUUAAUAUAGUACCAGUAACACUUCCAAAUAUAAAAUAUUCACCUAUAGUAUACAAUAUCAUUACAUCAGUAGAAGCAUCCUCAAAUCUUGCAAAGUACAAUGGGUUUAUUUAUGGUCAUUCAGCCAAUAUAAAUGAUAAUGAAGAUUUGUUCCAAAAAACAAGAGAUGAAGGAUUUGGAGACGCAGUUAAACAAAAGAUUCUACUGGGUGUAUAUUUUUCAGCUUAUACUAAUUAUUUUGAAAAAGCACAAAAGAUUCGUCGACUUAUAAAAAAUGACUUUGAUAAUGUUUUUUGUAUUCCUAAUAAAUCAUCCAACACUAUAAAGGAAAAUAAAGUUCAUAUGUUAAUAAUACCAACAACAUCAUCUCCAGCACCGCUUAUUGAAAAUGUUAAUUUAGAAAUAUCUAUGCUAGAUAUAUAUUUAAUCGACUUUUUCACAAUUUCUGCAAAUCUAUCUGGCAUUCCUGCUAUAACUAUACCAUUUCCUAGCAAUGAAAACGAAAUGCCUAUAGGUAUCCAAUUAAUGGCACCAUAUGGCUAUGAUAAUUCUUUACUUGAUAUAGCAGAAAUAUUUGAACAAAGAUCUUUGCAGAAAUAG